GAGAUCCUGAAUACGGCCGUGCUGACAGGGAAGACUGUGGCUGUCCCAGUUAAGGUGGUGACCAUCGGAGCGGACGGCAUGGUCACUGACGUCUCAGAGGCAGUGGACUGUCAUUCCACAGAUGAAGAUGUGGUCAAGGUGUCAGACAGGUGUGACUACGUGUUUGUGAAUGGGAAGGAGAUGAAGGGCAAGGUGAGGAUGAUGGUGAACUUCACCUACAGCUACCUGAGUGCCCAGCUGGAGAUGAACGUGUGGAUCCCACGGCUGCCCCUCCAGAUCGAGGUGUCUGACACAGAGCUCAGCCAGAUCAAGGGAUGGAGGGUGCCCAUCAUGACCAGCAGCCAAAGGUCUGCACUGGACAGUGAUGAUGAGGAUGAUGAAGACCGGAGAGGAAGGAGCUGCACGUUACAGUACCAGAAUGCCAUGGUUCGAGUGUUGACACACUUUGUGGCCGAAGCUGCCGACCCCCGUGGUCAGCUGACCUUCAUGCUGGGCAGUGAUUGGCAGGUGGACAUCACUGGGCUGGUGUGGGACUUCCUGAAGGUGGAGGACCCCCAGAUAGCUCAGCUACAGGACGGACGCAUACUAGUGGGACUGGACAUGGGGAUGACCACCAUCCAGGUCCUGUCCCCCCUGUCUGACUCCAUCCUGGCAGAGAAGACGGUGACGGUAGUGAAUAACAAAGUGACCAUCACAGAGCUGGGGGUGCAGCUGGUCACCGGCCUGGCUCUGAACCUGCAGCUCAGCCCAGGAAGCAACAGGGCAAUCCUCGCCACGGCAUCCACACAGGAAGUGCUGCAGAGCCCAAAACAGGAGGCCCUGAUCAGUGCGUGGCUGCACUUCAGUGAUGGCUCCAUGGCUCCUCUGGACCUGUACAACUCAGACUACUUUGUCCUGACGGCCACGUCUCUGGAUGAGGAGGUGGUGACGGUGCAGCAGGACCCCUCCUGGAAGUGGCCUGUGAUCGUGACCGAGGCUGAGGGCCAGGGCCUGCUGGUCAGGGUGGAGAUGACUGUCUGUGAGCUCUGCCAGAAGUUCAAGCGGCGCAGCGUUUUGGCUGCAGGGAACUGCAACGUCAAGGUGAAGUUUGGCCAGAGCGACAGUGGCACCUCGAGAAACAGUGACUACGGGCCAGAGGGCGAGGAGCUGGAGAACAGGUCCAGCGACCGCAGGCAGCAGUCUCCCUCCCAGGACAGGACUGGAUUAGAAGCCCACUACUACGGCAGCUCCAUCUCUGACAUGGAGGACGGUGUCAUGAGGAAGGUCACCACCACCACUAAGAGUACCAUCAUCAGGAGGCCCAAUGGAGACAAGCUGUCAGACGAUGGGAACCAGGUCCAGAACAUGCCAGACUUCCCUGCCCAGGUGGACCUCCCUCGCAGCCACAACAUGGAGGAUGAUCUGAUCCAGACAGCCCGGGGCCUCACUGACCUGGAGAUCGGCAUGUACGCCCUGCUGGGGGUCUUCUGCCUGGCCAUCCUGGUCUUCCUCAUCAACUGCAUCUCCUACACCCUCAAGUACCGCCACAAGGAGCUGUCCAUCGAGGGCCAGGAGAGCAUGAACCACGCCCACGACUGGGUGUGGCUGGGGAACGAGGCAGAGCUGCUGGAGAGCCACAUGAGCCUGUCCCCACAGCAGGACGAGCUCACCUCCAUGGUGGACUGCAGUGCCGGGCUGGAAGAGGGCAGCCACCUGCUCAACGGGGCCUCUUCCCAGAAGAACGUGCAGGGCCAGGUACACCGGGCAGCAGACAGGGCGAGCUGCACAGCCAAGGACAGCAAAGGAGACUCGCCUACCACAAAGAGGAAGUGUGUGAAGUUCACCACGUUCACCACCAUCCCACCAGACAAUGGCUGCCCCACUGUCAGCACACUGAGCAUGAGCCACAGCCAGGACAUUAAGUGGGUGUGCCAAGAUGUAGAGCUGGGGGACUCCAAGGAGCUUCGGAACUACAUGGAGAGGUUAAAUGACAGUGCUUUAAAAGAGGUGGCGUAA